AUGGUGUCACAAGGAGACUUGAAGAUGGAUAGUGCGCUAAAGGCGGAGGAGAAAGACAAGCCAACAAGCUUUCCGCAUGUCCAAUUCAAGCGACCUGAGGGAGCAAGGUUCAAGAAGGAUAGAUAUUGCAAGAAGUGCCAAAAGAGACAUGUAGGGAAGAAGUGUGAAGGCAAAGCGAAGGGGGCAGGCUGUUUUGUGUGUGGCGAGCCAGGACAUUUCGCCAGGGAUUGCCCUGCGAGGAAGCCGUUAAAAAUUUUAGAUACGCCAAAGAGAGAGAUCACAUGUUUCUCCUGCAAUCAGAAGGGGCACUAUUCUCGAGAUUGCCCUCAACGCAGCAAGGCCGAGCCAGGGAAAAAGCCUGAAGGGAAGCCAGGAUCGCAACCAGGCAGGGUAUAUCACUUAACGAAGGUGGAGGCAGAGGCUGACCCAAGCAUGGUGGAAGGUACGAUCUUGAUCCAUUCUACUCCUAUGCAUGCAUUAGUGGACCCCGGUGCCACUCAUUCAUUCAUGGCGUUAGAGUCUGCUAAGAGCGUGGGUCUAGAACCUUCGGUAAUGAGUUACAGUAUUAAGGUUCAAUCCCCAAUUGGAAAAAGUGUAGAAACAGAUCUCAUGGUUCGUUGCUUCGUGAAAGUUGAGGAUGAGAAAUUCGAGAUAGAUUUGAUUCUUAUGGAGAUGCAAGACUAUGAUGCAAUCUUGGGUAUGGAUUUCCUUUCUAGAUAUUGCGCUAGCAUGUUUGAAGAAGACGGUGAAGUUAGGAUGCCCAGGAGGGUGUUGAGUGUAGAUUUUGAUGAUUGA